AAGCAGAAAUCAAUAAGUAGAUUCGUGGUUGAUUUCUUGGCGAGACAGAAGGUGUGGAUUUUCUCGUCAAAUUUGGCUGUUCAGCCAACAGCAUUCCCUCCACAACAUGAAUGCGGAGGUGGAAUUCCACAUCAGGAAUAAUUACCCGUGGUCAAAGUUACCAGCAAACGUCAAGCAGAUAUUGGGACAAUCACAGAAAGAGUAUGAAAAGCUGGUCGUUAAUUUUAGCGUCAAGAACCAGCUGCGGUAUAAAGGCAACCUUGUGCGCACCGUGCGACGAGAUGAGAAGAAAUACUAUGAAGAACUCCUGAAGUACAGCGCCGAUCACCUGAUGCUGUACCCUUACCAUCUGUCAGACAUCAUGGUCAAGGGGCUUCGAAACACACCCUUUGCCUAUUACUUGAGGAUGAUGCACAGCAUUAUGUCUGGGGAGAAGAGCUAUGAUUCUUUACCCAACUUCACCGCUGCCGAUUGUUUACGACUCCUGGGCAUCGGGCGCAACCAGUACAUAGAUAUCAUGAACCAGUGUAGGUCAUCUAAGCCAUCUCUCAGUCGAAGUGGGAGCUUCAAUAAAUUCUUCCGUCGCCGUCCGAUCAAAGACCUCUUGCCGGUCAAGCCGGUCGACAGUGUCAUCCUGGAACCGUGGUGGAUUGUGCAAGCCGGGUACAUCACGGAGGACGACAUCAAGGCGGUAUCCAUUUCAGAGAAAAACACCAUCGAUAAGAUCAUCGAUGUAGGCGCCCAACUAGCGGGAACCUUGGAUUACUACAUUGCACAUAAACUGUACACAAAAGGCCUUGUUUACAUGGAUGUGCCUAUUGAAGAUGACGACUGUAUCAUUGUUCCCCCACUGGAAGGAUUUGUCAUGAAUCGCCUUCAAGGUGACUACUUCGAGACGCUCUUGUACAAGAUCUUUGUGUCGAUAGACGAGCAUACCACCGUGGCUGAGCUAUCCAAUGUUCUCCAGAUCGAUCUCCAGCUGGUCAAGAACGCUGUCUCCAUGUAUUGCCGCUUGGGUUUUGCCAGGAGGAAGGGUCAAGAACUAGACCCCGAGGCCUUGCAUCCGUCGUGGCAGGACGCAGAACAAAACACUUCCAAAAAGGCCAUCAGCGAUGACCUCCUCCUGAUUGACUGGAGCUCCACCCCCCAAGAGGCCAAGGUCUCCCCCACAGACAGCCAGACAGCCAUCUCGGACUCGGCCAGCAUCGAGGACUCGGAGACCUCAUCAUCUGGGAUCAUCAGCAGCGUGGGGUCGGGCCACAGCAAGCGCAUCGCGUUCCUCUUCGACUCAACGCUGACGGCGUUCCUGAUGAUGGGCAACUUGUCACCGUCCCUGGACGUUAAUCUUUUUACGGGUUUGAAGAGUCAUGCUGUGACGAUGUUCGAGGUGGGCAAACUCUCGGAUGAGUCUUUGGAGAGUUUCCUGAUGGAGUUAGACAGAGUGCCUAUCAAUAGUGUUGCAGAGGGCGAAGCACAGAGGUACUUUGAGCACGCCGUCACCCUCAAGAACACAAUCACAUUCCUUAGGUAUAACAAGAACAUCAGUCCAGAUUUGGAGCGGUACGGCAGCGGUCUGGGCAUCGACCUGCUACGGUGCGAGAGCCUGCUGGGUCUGGACCCGGCCACCUGCUCCCGAGUCCUGCAAAAGAACUACGAGUUAUUGGUCUCCAUGGCGCCGCUGAGCAAUGAGAUCCGGCCCGUCAGCAGUUGUGUCCCACAGCACAUCGGGCCAGCAAUACCAGAGGUGAACUCAGUCUGGUUCAAGCUGUACAUCUACCAUCUGGUCAAAAACGGCCCGCCAACGUUGCUCCUAGUCAAGGGAACAAGGUUACGCUACCUGCCUGAUAUGUUCCAGGAAUACGACAGGCUGCUAAUUACGACCUGGGGUCACGACCCCGGAUUGGUAGCCACAUCCAAUGCCCUACUAACAAUCAACGACGCCCUCGCUCACUCGGCCGUCCUGAUACAGGGCCACGGCUGGGUGACGGACGGUAGAACAUUCCACAUACCCUUCCCUCUAUCCGAAGACCAAGACAAAGGUGGCUCCACCUUAGCUUGGAUGGAGCGCCAUCCUGCCGUCUCUGCUCUUGCCAAAAUCCUGGAUCUCAGGCACACCUGUGGCUACAUCACCCUCCUCAACUCAGGCAAACCCCAGGACAGAAUACCCAAGGGACACCCCACGUCACACCCUACAACAGACGGGGUGACGGAACCCCUUCCAGAGGGAAGAACAACAGCCGCCACGGCAGAACAGAGCAGAGACUUGACAGACUCAAACCUAGCAGUCGCGCAAGUCGCGAAACAAUCGCUGACGCUGCCGGUCAGCUCCCCGAUGCAUGAUGGGAGUGCCAAUUGCCAUGGCAAUAAGUUCAAGGAUGCUGAUUGGUCACUUUUGGGAGUCUGUUUUGGUAUCCCCCUGUUUGGGGACGAAAUCAACAGGAUGGUGUGUGCAAAAGUUGCCAAGUUCGGACUCUGCCAGAGAGAAAGCCUUUCACAGCUGCUGCACAGCAGUCGAAAGUUGUCUCUGUAUCUGCUGAACUUCAUCGCUGAGCAACAGGACAUGCCCGUGGUACCAGACCUCCCGCCGGAAGCUUCCCUCCCAUCCUCCCCGUCCGCAGUCUCCGCCCCUUCCCUGCCCUACCCCACCAGGAACUUAGCAUUCAUCAACAACAAGCUCCAAGUCUGGAACGCCAGCUGAGUUUUAAUUUUCCCUUUACGAUCACCGUACUCCAUCCCAAGGUUAUACAUAGCCCUAAAUACCAACCCUAUGGGGUCGGAUAAAGUAUUAAGACAGGCGCUGUAAGUUUGUUGGAAAAAAAUGAACUCACGGAAAAUUUAGUUCCGAAAAUGAACACCCUUUGACCAGAAUCCAGCCAUAGCGCAUGAAGGAAUCAAAUUUUAAACUGUUAUUUUCUGUUGGUCAAAACUGGCGGUACAUUUUGACAGCUGUCUGUCCAACAAUUGACCCAAUUUUGUGUCUAUAACUUUACGUAGCAUGCUGCAAGUUCUAGGAUGGUACAGUAUACGCCUUCUUGAGAGAUGGCAUUCAAAAGUAAAAUCUUCCAUCUUCUUUCUUGGCAACUCUUGGAGAGGAUCAACGUGACAGUCUCUGUGAAACGGUUCUCCAGUGUUUUGUACAUUCUGUAGUCACUCCCUGUGCACGUGAAACAAGGAGGACCGACUCUUUGCAGGGCUUCCAAAUGCCGAGUAAGAUUUGAAUAGACAGUUGGAGCUCUACAUGCCUGCUGUGGAUGUAGACAUCACACAAAAUGUGUUUGACGUCACUGGCACUUCAACAAAAGCCAAUCCAGUUGUUUGUUUCUUAUUAGAAUUUCGAAUAAUAAUAAUAUCCAAGCAUUUGUAAGGUGCACAGUAAACAAUGUCUGCAAUUCAAAGGGGAGAGUAUAAUUUUAUUAUCAUUAUCGCAACACAUUGGGCUCACGUCAUCUGAACAUUCCUGAGACCAUCUCAGCUCCCUGCGGAGUAUACUAGUUGAUGCUGCCAUAUCAGGCGCAAAACCCUAACCGUAACUGUUUCUACCGUCACGGGUACCCAUUGGCACCUGGGUAAAGUGACUUGACCAAGAUCACAACAUGAUGCCACCAGCUGGAUUUGAACUGCCCGACCCUAUGACCAGGCAUGUGGCCUAGUGGUUUUGGGGUUUGUAGCUUACAAAAUAUGGAAUACAUGUAUACAAUUUGGCUAAUGAAGGGUUAAGCUGAAUGUUUUUUAUUUCCUUCAUUUGUUUUGCAUGAGGAAUUCCAUCUUUGCAGUGAGAGCAUUGAAUAACCUGAGAUGUAUGAUUCUCAAACUUAAUGCAUGAGAUUUCACAGCCCUUUUUUCGGAUUAAUGAUUGACCAUUCCCAUUAACAAUGAAAAACAAAUGGACUAGGAGCUGAAUUCGUAGGGUGAAAAUUAUUUAGGGGGCACUUAAAAAUAGUUCAAACAGUUCUUUGCAAGAGUAUAGAAUUUUGUUUUGAACCUUUGAUUCAAUUCUCAAUUGGCU